CCUGCAUUGUCUUGUUGUCAAUCUUAUCCUCAAGGUCCCACGUCGCGUCGAUACGCGUGUUUUCUCCUCCGAAUUACAAUUCCAUGGAUCUCUCGAGGCCGUGCAAGCGUCGACGGCUUUCGACACCGUUGACACCGCCAUCACCGGUGCGCGAAGAGCAUCUGAGCAGCACAGAGGACCGCUCCUUUGUGCUCGAGCGCGCAGUCAACGUGUUAAGAGUGGAAGCCGAGGCCCUUGCCCGCGUUGCGGCUCUGUACUCGACCGACAAGGUCGCUCAGCACGGCCUGUCGGCAGCCCAGCAGGCGAUCAUCCAGUCGCAGUCCAGUCAGGGCAAACUGGUUGUCUGUGGUGUGGGAAAGAGCGGAUUCAUCGCACAAAAGCUGGUGGCCACCUGCAAAAGUUUGGGAAUCCGCGCCAGCUUUCUUCACGCUUGUGAAGCCGUCCACGGCGAUAUCGGAGAUGUGCGAGACAACGACGUCCUUCUCUUCGUAUCGUUCAGCGGAAAGACAAUAGAAUUGCUGAAUGUUCUGCCACAUAUAUCCCCGGAAGUUCAAGUCAUGGCGAUGAGUGCCCAGCGACACCCACGAGACUGCCAGCUGCUGGAGGGCAUCGAGAAUGGGAUUCUACUUCCGGCCCCGAUUCACGAAAGUGAGGAAGCGUCUUUCGGCGUGAAAGCACCUACGACCUCCACGACAGUGGCACUCGCCAUUAGCGACAUGCUGGCAUUGACAGUAGCAGAGGCUUUACAUCAAGGCAACACCAGUGAGGUGUUUUUGAAAAAUCAUCCAGGCGGCGCGAUUGGAAUGUCUCGUCCUGAGAUCAAUGUAGUGGUCGCCGAGCUGCCGUCGCCAAGCAUCUCCGACGAGAGCGAAAAUUGAAAAGAGGAAGAGAAAGCAUGGCUUCACAGUCUAUGAACAUGAGCUAUAGUUCCUCCCUACACGUCGAACAGAUCAAGAAAGUGUGCAGCAAGAUUUCCUCGUCGAGAUACAUCAGAAGUGAACGUACUCGGAAGUUCCAUGCAACACUAAAGACCCAGAAUGCUCCUGCGCCAGCAAUUCUCCACGUCUGCACAAAGCGUUUCGAACUUGGGAUCAUCGAGAACGUCCAUCAUGAAUUGGUCGAGAGCGGCUUGUCGAUCUUGCACGCACUGUGCCUCGUACGUGGCCAGGGAGAGUUCUUGACCCCGCGGUUGCCCACUUGCACGGA